ACCUAAGAUCGCAAGUGCAUAUAAUAAUAGUAUACAUAUUGUCACAGGAAGAACAUCAAAUGCACUGCGUAAAGGAGCGAGAGAGGAGGAGACGAGAAGAAUUGGAACGACAAGCGAGGGAGGCUGCAGAGGAGGAGAGAAGGAAGGAGGAGGAGGAAGAGGCUGCAAGGCUUGCAGUGCAGCGAGCGGACGAAAAGGCGAGACUGUUGGAGCAAAGACGCAAAGAAAAGCAAGAGUCUCUGGGGUCAGAGCCUGAGAAGGGUCCAAAUGUUACAACGGUCGCUUGGGAGAAGUCCAGCUAUGGCGACCAGUGCCAUGUCAGCAGCAGUGCCACGUCAGCAGUGCCACGUCAGCAGUGCCACAUCAGCAGUGCCACGUCAGCAGUGCCCGCCACCAUGACGGUCUCAGUUAUGGACAUGCUAGACCAACUGGCCAGUGAGUCCAUUGCCGAGUAUCGACAGCGGUUCCAAUCUCAGCUCGCACUGAUCGAGGCUGAGGAACAACGUCAGGCGGCAGCUGAGGCUGCCCGCCUACAAGCUGAAGCGGCGGCAGUAGCUGAAAAGCAGCGACUUCAGGCCGAAGCUGACGCAGAUGCCGAGGUCCGCCACAAGGAGGCCCAGGAUCUGCUACAGCGGCACGAAGCCGCUAGCAUCGAAAAGCUCAAGUUCGGGCAUUUUGAACCGUCCGAGAACCACGAAGAUGCGACACCGGAAGAGCAGCACAAGGAGUUUCUUGCCAAAUUGGUGACCUGGUUGGUUUACACUUGUAACCACCUGCAGUCCGAGCUGGCGAAUCUCCAACGGGCGGUGCGGAACCACAAGGAUCUGCACGAGGAUGCUACACGGGCACUUGAUUCCCGUGUACAGGACUCAAAGCAAGUUGCACCAGGACCAGAUGCUGGCGAGUCCAACAGUGCACCCUCUACCCGCCAAUUGGAGGAACGAGUUGACCACGUAUUCGCAAUGCUCGGCGACAUCAGCACCUUCACUGCACCAGCCACCAUCAGCAAGCAGCUGGACACCUUGAAGACCGAGGUUCAGCAACUGCACCAGCUGCCCAACAAGGAUGGGAACACCAGUGCGCAACAGUACAAGAUGCAGACAUUCCACAUCGAAAAGUUCGAUGAUUAUACGCAUCAAGACGUGGUCCCCUGGUGGGAGGGCUUUACGACGGAACUUCGGAUUCUUUUUGUCCUUGAGCACUCAUCAAGGCAAGGAGGAUGUUCGGCCUCGCAUCAACUCGGGAAACUGAGUUGCGCGGGAGGUGAGGCGACUCCACCUCUCACUCCGCCAGAUUCAGCCGCCUUGCUAGCGGCCUCCUACACAUCUGGGGAGGAUGCGAAUGUCGCGAGUCCUCGGUUCACUUACGAGGAUUACGCUGUCCACUUGGUCCCACUGUUGGACCAACCACUCCACUUGCAACAAUCCACCGCAUGCAUGAUUUCACCACCAUCGGCAACCGAUUCGGCUGCUUCGCUGCCAUCUAUCGCUGGGGAUUCGACGUCAUGGUCAAGACUUGGAGAGCUCGACCCGUUGACGUUCGCAGACUUCCAAUGGAUGCCCCUUCCCCCGUCCGGUCGAUUGUCGAUGCCGCAUUGCAACGUGCUCAUGGCACAAUUGCGGGAUUACUUGCACACUGCAGUACCAGCUCCGUUGAUGGAUGUCGGAGUAAAGGUUGAUGACCUUCACGACUAUGUUGCGAAGAUCGACCGCGAGUUCAAGACACAACGGUACAACGACAUCGACGCGUCAUUGUUGUACAUACACAUUCAGAUCGGAGAGGCGACCUGCAGCGCUUUGAUCGAUAGCGGAGCUACUCACAACUACAUGAGCCAAGACUUUAUGUUGAACGAGCAUGUGGAGCACCUGCGGACUGUUUUGGAGCGGCUACGACAAGCCAAGUACAAAGCCAACCGCAACAAAUGCGAAUUCGCGCGGCAAGUGUUGGAGUAUUUGGGACAUUAUGUGACGCCGCCAGGCAUCCGUCCGCUUGCGGAUAAGAUCGAGGCCAUCCGCGUAUGGCCCGAGCCCACCAACACCAUGGAUGUUCGCUCAUUCAUGGGGUUGGCGGGCUACUAUCAAUGCUUCAUCACCGGGUACUCGAGGCUUGCCGCACCUAUGACGGGAUUACAAUCGCCAAAGGUGCCAUUCGUAUUCGAUGACGAKGCACGCCGGUCAUUCCAAGCACUCAAGACGGCCAUGCUCAUGGCACCCGUCCUUAGCAUCUACGACCCCACCCUGCCAACGAGAGUGACAACUGACGCUUCCGGCUAUGGCAUUGGGGCAGUCUUGGAACAACACGACGGCGACGACUGGCACCCCGUGGAGUAUUUCAGCCACAAAGUGCCUCUCGUCAAUUCACUUGGUGAUGCAAGGAAGAAGGAGCUGCUCGCAUUCGUGAUGGCUCUCAUGCGAUGGUGUGAAACGGGUGCGCGACAAGCAGCGGGGGCGUGCGCAAUAACGAGAAGCAAUCAGUGGCGCACGGCUCGAGCGCUGAUGUGGCACGUGGGGAAUAGCGGUGCGGAGAAGUGCUCUUGUGGCGCUUAUGCUCCUCUCUUCCUCUUACAGCUCGAGGACGAUGAUGAUGGCGAUCGCGUAGAUGACAACGACAAUCGCGACGAUGGUGGAACAGCGGGAACCAGCUCCGAUUCCAGAAGGACUGUUCAGACCCCAGCUGAGGGCCAGAGUGUUGAGCAGCUCCCUGACCCUCGUACCAGGACCCAGGUUGAGCAGAGACGACAACUGUUGUCUGGACGGCUCAACCUUCUGGCCACUGAACUGCACGAUGCCGGUGCAGAGGCUGAGUCACAUGUGAGGGCCCAGUUUGAUCUGCGGAAAGCCCAGGCAGACCUGGAUGCAGCUCAGACUGGCACCGACCUAUUGAAGAUACAGGAGUUCAUUAUCCAGUGUCGUAAAGCACUGGAUGCGCACAUCUGUCAGCAGUUCGAAGACGUAGCAAAUGGCAGAAAUGCCAAAAAUGAUGUGGUGGUCACGGAACAGACGAUUGAUGAGAACAUCCGCCAAUUGGAAGAAGCUCUUGAGAAAGAGAAAACGCGCAAGGCGGAAAUGCUAAAGAAGAAAGAACAAGAUGAACAACAAGCAAAACGAGAACAAGAAGUCAAACAGCAUGUGGUAACUGUGGCAGGGGAAGGACAGGUUGUGGCACUGAACCAACUGGUUGAGUACCUUGCUCUCUUGGAGACAAGGCUCGACCAUUUUGAAGCAAAGUUGGAAGAAUUGACCGUAGGAUUGAAGAAUGUGACUAACUUGGUCAAAGGAAAGGAAAAAGAGGUUCGGAAGGAACAACCUGAGAAGAAACUGAUGAGCGAUGCUAUGAAAGAUCUCAGGGUCGAAACAAAGAGAGGAGAGUCAUUUGGGCCUCCUCCACCGACCCCACCAUCCAGUCCUCACCCAUCAGGGGGAAAGAAAGACAAAGAAGAGAAAACUGAGAAGCCAAAGAAGAAGGAAAAGGUAAAGAUGAGAUUGCCUUUUACGUUUAGCAACAAGAAAGACGAACAUUUGCUUGUUUGGAUCGCCGAGAUACAGACGUACUGUAGUACGACGCCUGUUGCAAAAGAGUCUCAGGUCGCAUUCUCCACGUCUUGCUUGGGAGGAGAAGCAAAGGAGUGGGUCCUAGCUGAGGCUAACGUGGCAGGUUUUGACGACAUCGGUAAGUGGGCCGGAACAAUGACUCUAAAGCAGUUCCUUGAUAAGAUCAAGGAACGCUUUGUUGAUAAGACAACGACCGAUAAGGCCUUCGACCAGCUUACUACGAUUGGACAGAAACACUGGACGUCUGUGGAGGCUUUGUCUCGCGAGGUCGAUCGCUUGUUGCAAGUACUGGGCUUAAAUCUGCAGGAUGAUCAGGUCCUGUAUAUUUAUGCCUGGGCCUUACCUGAACCCAUACGAAGUCAGUUAGUGGCCGAGUCAAAGUCAGGUGCAGGUGCGAGAUACGGUAAGCGAGUCCUUUGGCGCCAAAAGCAUCAGGACCACAUGCUUGUCGUCUUUGACGACGACACAGUGGAGAAGCUACCGUUAGAAGGAGUUCCUAGCAGCAAUCACCGUGAACCUGUCUUAUGUUCUGUCUCUCUGGAUGACUCCUUUGAUGAGCUUGGUAAUGAGUUGCUGGCGCUACGAAGCGCAUGGGCAAAGAAAGCAAAGUCUAAGGGUGAACUAUUACUCGCGGAUGUAGAAAUCGCACACGAACGGACGGGUGCACUUUUAGACUCAGGAUCUACACGAUCCUACAUUUCUGAGAGAGCUAUUCGCAAGUUUCAUCUUGGAAUGAAGGUAAAGUGUUUAGCACGACCUAUCACGUCUAUUCUUGAUGAUAAAAGCACGAUCAUUGUCUCUCAUUAUGUCGAUCGUGUGAAAUGUAAGUUCAGAACUAAAACUGGAAAGAAGAUUGUGCAUGAAGUAUCUUUCCUAGUUGAGAAGAACUUGCCUUUUGAUAUGAUUCUAGGAAUGGAUUGGCACGAGGAAGCCAACCCAGAAAUCAAGUUCAAGGAAAAAGAAGUACGCCUGAAAAACGCACAAUAUGAGCCCGAGGCCAUCAAACUGUAUCACAAGUCUGGAUCUGACUCUACUCUGGCUUUCUGUUGUAUGAGCUAUCCAGCUUUUCGAUCGAUGGUCAGGAAGAAGCAAUUGGAACAGGAGGUAAUGAUGGUGUUGGUAAAGGAAGUUGGUGAGUCUUCGACACCUUAUCCUCCAUCGAUACAAAAACUCUUAGACGAGUAUAAAGAACUAUCUCAGGAACCUACUGGGAUCACUGAGCGUGCUAUCAAGCACACUAUCGAGACCAUUCCCGGAAGCAAGACUCCCAAAGGUCCUAUCUAUCGAAUGUCGCCUAGGGAACUUGAGGAAUUGCGCAAGCAACUUUGGGAAUUAACUGACAAAGGAUGGAUUCGCCCUAGUUCCUCACCUUAUGGAGCGCCUGUCUUAUUUGUGCCCAAAAAGGAAGGUGAGUUGCGUCUAUGCAUUGACUAUAGAGGGUUGAACUCCUUCACUGUAAAAAACGUUGAACCCCUACCACGAAUUGACGACUUGUUGGAUCAGCUGCAGGGAUGCAAGUACUUCAGCAAGAUUGAUCUGAAGUCGGGGUACCACCAAAUCGAGGUGGCGCCCGAAGAUGAACACAAGACUGCUUUUCGAACCAGGUAUGGACACUACGAGUUUGUGGUCAUGCCCUUCGGAUUGACGAAUGCCCUUGCGACCUUCCAAAGGUCUAUGAACGAAUUGUUCCGACAAUGGUUGGAUCAAUUUGUAAUUGUGUAUCUCGAUGACAUCCUAGUCUACAGCAAAACGCUGGAGGAUCACGAGAAACACUUGUGUCUCGUCUUGGGUAAGCUACGCGAAGGAAAUUUCAAACUUAACCCAAAGAAGUCUGAGUUUGCAAAACCUGAAGUGCUCUACUUAGGGCAUAUAGUCAAUGAAGAAGGACUCGGACCGGAAGCAAAGAAAGUUUCAGCGAUUAGAGAUUGGCCACAACCAAAGUCCAUCACUGAGUUGAGGUCCUUCCUUGGGUUAGCCAGUUAGUAUAGGAAGUUUGUUAGGAACUUCUCUUUAGUUGUUGCUCCCAGGAGAAGACUCCUGAAGAAAGGAACCAUAUGGUUGUGGGACAAAGACUGUGAGUCGUCAAUGAGGAAGUUAAAAUAUGCACUGACUCACUACCCUGUUCUGAAAAUCGUUGACCCAUCUCUUCCCUUUAUUGUGACCACUGACGCAAGUCAGUAUGGAAUUGGCGCAGUUCUACAGCAGGACGAUGGUAAGGGUUACAGACCUAUUGAGUUCAUGUCUGCCAGACUUCCUACUAAGAAGGUCGCCGACUCCACUUACGAAAGGGAAUUGUAUGCGCUUGCCUGUGCACUGAAACCCUGGAAACACUACUUGUUAGGGAGGCACUUCACUGUCUAUUCAGAUCACUCGACACUGAAGUGGAUAAAGACUCAACCAAAAC